AUGCAGAUCGUCAGCCUGCCCCAACUGUCUCAUACCACCUUGAGUGAGCUUCAAGAUGGCCUUCAAUCGGGCGCCUUCACCUCGGAAGACUUGGUGCGGACUUACUUGAAGCGAAUCGAGGAGGUCAACGACAGGGUGCAUGCUGUUGUGGAAGUCAACAGCAGCGCGGUAGAGACUGCCCGGGCUCUUGACGAGGAGAGACGUCUUCACGGUCACAGAGGGCCAUGGCACGGGGUACCAGUUCUCAUCAAAGAUAGCAUCGCGACAACCGACAUGGAGAACACAUCUGGCUCAUAUGCCUUGUCAGGGGCUACCAUCGACCGUGACGCUUCUGUCGUUCAGAGACUUCGCGCCGCCGGGGCCAUCGUCCUGGGCACGACCAAUCUAUCACAAUGGGGCAACGCCCGAUCGUCCGAUGCCAACAACUCCUACAAGUCACAGUCGUCCAACGGAUGGAGUGCUACAGGAGGUCAGACGUACGGUGUCUACCACGUCAAACAAGAUCCUUCGGGGAGCAGCAGCGGGUCGGCGGUCGCCACCAGCCUCGGAUUAGCACUGGCAGCUGUAGGGAACGAGACGGACGGCAGUAUCAUUUGCCCCGCGGGAAGAAGUGCCGUUGUGGGCAUCAAGCCAACCCCCGGUCUCACCCCACGAGAUCUGGUCAUCCUUCCGAAACGGAUUGGCACGGUCGGAGUCAUGGCACAGACUGUGGAAGAUGCAGCCGCGCUUCUCACUGUCAUCGCUGGAGCAUGUCCUCACGAUCGCCGAACCGAGGAAAUCCCUUUCGAUGAGAUUCCCGAUUAUCGCAGCUUCUGCCGCCGGUCGGCCUUGCGAGGGGCACGCAUUGGCAUUCCUCGAAAUGCAUUCCAGAACAACGACGGGAAUGUGGUUGACGCGGUCGAACUGGCAGCGCUCGAGGAAACCAUCUCGAUCAUGGCGAAAGCAGGAGCCGUCAUUGUCGACCCAGCCGAGUAUCCCGAGUACGCGACGUUCUUUGCGAAAUCACCGUCGAUGAAAGCCGUUUACAACAACGCGGACUGGAAAGCUCAAUUUGAGGACUAUGUGGCGCGGCUGACCAAGAACCCGCAGAACAUUCACACCAUUUCCGAUCUCGUCGAAUUCACCAAGACAUGCCCGGCAGAGGAAUACCCUUCACGCAACAUCGAUGGGCUUCUCCACAUCGAGAAGGCGCUUUCAGCCGACGACCCUUCAGUCGAAGCCGCGUUCGAACAAGUCCGUCAAUGGGCGAUGGAAGGAUGUAUCCAGGGUGCGGUUCAGCGGCAUCAGCUUGACGCAUUGAUCCUUCCUUCGGGCGUCAGCACCACCGUAGCGGCGGCUGCAUGCUGUCCUGUGAUCAAUGUGCCAUGGGGAUACUACCCAAAGGGCACUCCGCUGGUGUGGAAUGGCCGCGGGAAUCUGCUCCUCCGGCACGAGAACACACCAUUUGGGUUGAGCUUCAUUGGACUUCCAUUUACCGAGCACAAAUUGAUCGCAUAUUCUUAUGCCUUUGAACAGCUGACCCGUGUCCGAGAUCGGGGAAAGCAAUACAUCACGCCUACGACCGAGCUUGACGAUGUGCUCGAUAGCAGCAGUACCAACAAUACCGAGUGGCAAGAUCUUCCCACGCAGGAAAAACAAAUUCCCGGCAGCAAUAUCCGCAUUCAUCUACACAUGACUGCCUCACAAGACACGGUCAAUGUGUAG